AUGCACGGAUUCGACGACGCUAGCAUCGACGCAUAUGGAGGAUAUCUUGAAGUCCUAAUUCCAGCGAACUUUUUUGGCACAGUUCCGCUGGUGUUGUACUCUGAGCCUGAUGUCACAAAGCUGAACUUUAACCGUUUGGACCACUGGCAGAGAAUGGAUUUUUUCAAUAUAUCUUCUGGUGACGGUGGCGAGAAGAAUCAAAUAUCUUUGAAGACCAGUCAGGUUAAUGAUCUUACUGAAAAAUUACAUGAAAAACAACGGGAAGUGCAUAGUUUUAAAAAGCAAUUGGAGUCGGUACAUUCUGAAAAAAUGAUGCUGCAACGCAAUUUAGAAAAUACAACGCAGGAGCGAGAUAAUUUUCGAAUUCUUCAAUCCAAAUCUGGUCAUCAAAUUCAGCAAUUAACUACAGAAAUAAGCGCUAACGAAGUUAAAAUAAAUUCAUUAAAUUUAAAAGUUGAACAUCUUAAUAAUUACAUAAAGGAACUGUUAUCUGAGCUGAAAAACAAAGAAAACUUAGUUGCUGGCUUACGCAAAGAUAUGAGAGAAAUGAAAACUAAAAAUGAAAUGUUAGCGAAGACUAUAUCAAAUGACGCUAAAUUUAUGAAAAUUGGUCAUGAAUUGGAGGAAAUGAGAAAAGAACGUAACCUAGUUGGAUUGCAAAUGGUACGACGCAAUGACGAAAUUGUCGCUAUAAAGGAAAAACUUCAAAUCGCUCAAAAUGCCCUUGAUAAUGGAACAACACAAUAUAACCAGCGUGUAGAAGAUAUAAGAUUACUUAAGAAAGAGAUUUCUAAUCUUCACACAGAAAGUGAGUGUUUGAAACACGCUAUUAAAAGUACUGCUGACAUGAGAAAGGAAAUCGUUCGCCUGCAGCGUGCACUUAAUCAAGAGCGCAUACGUAUCCGAGCUCUAACUGAAGAUGCGAGAACACCUACUGGAGUUCAUCGGUGGCGUAUAUUAAAAGGGGAAGAUCCAAAGAAAUUCGAAUUGCUUGAAAAAUUGCAAGUAGUGCAGAAGCGCGCCCUAAAGCAGUCAAUAGAAAAUUCAAACGUUAAAAGUAAACUGUCUGAGGCUCAAAAGACUAAUGAAACUCUUAAGCGCAUGCUAUCCCAUAUGCCUACUGUGGAGGUAAAGCAUAAACUAGUAGUGCAGCAG